AAUAGACGCUUCAGAAAGCAGAAAGUCAUUUCUGAGAAGAUGGGAACUGAAUACAUCGGGAAAAUUGCUCCUUGUUUUAAUCAUUUGAUAGAUGCGAUCAUCAGAAAUGGGAAGAUUGGAAUAUGCGGAGCACAUGUUCGAAUAUCAGAUAUCAGAACUGGGUCACUAAGUACUUCCAAGAAGCCCAAUGGUGACAGAUUUCAGGUGCUACUUCCUUUUGCAGGGCAGACACUGCAGUGGGAUGUGAUUUUUGACUGUAACUAUCCCCAGGAUCCUCCAGAUUUCAUCUUUGCAGCAGAUGACAGUGACUUUUGUCCACAUGAGGAGGAUGUUAAGAGUUUGGUGAACUGGGAUAGUAAUGAUCCUAAUAGUCUUCUGAACGUACUGAAUGAGUUGUUGACGUUGUACCGGGAACAUCAACAGCACCAGAUAGAAGCUCACUCCCGUCUACAGUUUGAAUACUCAUCACUUAUAGACCAGGCCAACCUAGCACCAGAGGACAUUGAGAUAUUUGUACACAAAUCUGAGUCCAAGGUCGGCCCCGUCGUAUUUCUAGUUAAAAUGGCAGUAGAUUUUACAAAGAUCCCAGCUUACUUAACCAAGGACAAUCCAGGAGAGGACUCAGCAGUGCUGCUGGUCAAUUUUCCCUCCCCAAACACUUCACGAAUUAGUCCCCAACUGUACCUCUCACCUAGGGUAGAAAAUGCCCUGGGAGGGUCAGCUAACCUGAGGAUACCUCCAUACCCCAGUGGUGGCUGCUUACUGGAUUAUGUUCCUAAUGUCUGUGAUCUCUUACAAAACAAGGUUGAUCAGAUAUCAAAUGUUCAUGAGAAAAAGAAGGAAUAUAUCGCUGCCUUCCUAAGUAACUUUGGCAGAUCGGUUUUGGAAUAUGAUGCAGAACUUUAUAGUAGGAUAUCAUUUUUGUUUGAAUGGAAUGAUUUCUUCUUCUUACUUUAUGUGGAGCUGCCUUCAUUUUUCCCUCAAGAGCCUCCCAUCUUCACUUUCCAGUCCAUUUACCACGAGUCUAAAGGCAAGCCUUACACAGAGACAGUCAGUGACUAUCCUUAUAGUCCUCGCUGGAGUGCAAACAAAAUGGCAGAGAAAGCAAGGGAAUACAUCUUAAGCAGCAUUGGUGCAUUCCAGAAAGCUUCAGUCCACAGUGGUUCACUAUAGAACUUAGAUCUCCAACUCACAAAAAUAUUUAUCUUGGACAAUAAUGCAUGUACUUCAAUAUGAUAACCAUUGUUUGAAGCCUUCAUUAGUAUGCUAAAUGUAUACUGGCUUGUAUUAUAAAGCUUUAUUUUCAUGAACCAGUAUCAUGAUUAAUAUGUGAAAUUUGUUAUUUUUGACGUUUUACUGCAACUGUACUCCUUUAUGUAUCUCAAAAAUAUAAGCAUACAAAUACAUAUUAAUCAUUAAAGUGAAUUGUAUGAUUUAAUACUGACUCAGAGGCCUAUUCUUUUUUAAUAAUUACAUAAUUUUUAUAUUGUCUGUAAUCCCACGGACAUGAAUUGCAAACAAUUUAGUUUCCCAUUGCCAUCUUAUCUAUCAUCAUCUGUCUUAAGUCUCCCAUUCCCAUCUUAUUUAUCAUCAUCUGUCUAAAGUCUCCCAUAGCCAUCUUAUUUAUCAUCAUCUGUCUAAAGUCUCCCAUAGCCAUCUUAUUUAUCAUCAUCUGUCUUAAGUCUCCCAUAGCCAUCUUAUUUAUCAUCUGUCUUAAGUCUCCCAUAGCCAUCUUAUUUAUCAUCUGUCUUAAGUCUCCCAUUCCCAUCUUAUUUAUCAUCAUCUGUCUUAAGUCUCCCAUAGCCAUCUUAUUUAUCAUCUGUCUUAAGUCUUCCAUUGCCAUCUUAUUUAUCAUCAUCUGUCUAAAGUCUCCCAUUGCCAUCUUAUUUAUCAUCAUCUGUCUUAAGUCUCCCAUAGCCAUCUUAUCUAUCAUCAUCUGUCUUAAGUCUCCCAUAGCCAUCUUAUCUAUCAUCGUCUGUCUUAAGUCUCCCAUUCCCAUCUUAUUUAUCAUCAGCUGUCUAAUUGGAUGUGUCACCUUUGUAACAAAUGUGUAGUGGUUAUAAACAUGAAAUUUUCAAUAUUUUACGGAGUAAGUGUCUUUUAUUAUGAUUUUUACUUGCCCACAAUCAGACAUGUUAAUUAAGCACUAUCACAUAGAAAUAUUUUAAGUUUAUGAAACCAAAGAUGAUCGCUCUUUUUAUGUUGAAUUUUAAAUAAAUUAAGAGAUACAAAUCCCUUGCUAUUCAUCAAUGACCAAUAUGCAUCAAAGAUGGUAAGAAUUGUCUAAUCACAAUGUCUCUCAUGAUAAACAUUGUAUCAAGAUAUAGUAGUUGUGAGUGAGAAUCUAAAGUAACAGAACUAUAUAUAUAAUUAUAUAAAUGCAAAUUCAUUCAAGAGAUCAUAGCUAUGAAUAAGUGUAUGGAGUUCCAGUUCUAUAGGGAAAGUUAAUGAAGUAGGUAGAGUAAGGAGACGUCAAAAAUCUAUUCAUAGUAACAGUGGCCUCGAUUUUGACCACAGGUGAGUGAAACCUGAAUUAGUACAAGAGAUAAUGAUUGUGAGUAAGGGGUAUUAAGUUUCUAAUCAGGACAAACAGGUAAUUAAUGAAGUCUGUUGAGCUAUUUUUAGCCAGGUGGCUGAAACAUGAACUCAUACAAGAAGUGAUGAUUUUGAGUAAGUGUAUGAAGAUUCAGGAAAAUUGGGUCAUUGGAUCACCCGACUCGUUGUGAGGGGAUAAUAAGCUAGAACACUGUUACAGAUCAGCAAAGUGCAUAACAUCAGGUUGUUGGAGGGUCAAAGGUUAUGUAAGGUAAAAUUUUGUGUCUUCAUUACUUUUGAUUUUUUUUUUUUAACUGAAAUAAGUUCUGCUUUAACACAGACAAGGGGUCGGUAGUGAAUUGGCAAUUUGCUACUGGCCCAAAUGAACAUAAAUAAACAAAAAAUACAAUUUGAAAGCUUUUUCAAACAUUCUCUAUUUAUUGUGAAUAGCAUAAAAUUACACUUACAAGAAUGUACACAGCGUAAGUAAACAAAAAGACAAAUAGAAUGCAAUAACAUUACAUGAACUUUUAAAGUGAAGUUGAUGUAAUUGUACAUACUCAAACAAAAUUAGUGUACUCACUUCCACAUCAAAUACAUCCUUCCAUUAUGAUAAUCGUUUUGCCUGACCAGACCUGUAAACACCAGCUUUAACAAUAUAUUUAGUAGAGGAUUGUACAACCUGCCACGUUCCUUUAGUAUGAUUUGUAUACCGCCAUUGUUUUCUCAUCUGUAAAUUAGACUGUCCUAAGACAUUGCAUGUUCAUCAUCACCAAACACUAAAGGGAGGUUAGGAUUGCUAGUAAUAUGGUAUUGCCAUGCUUACUUGUAUCUCCUCUGUUGGCAUUUGUAGUACAUUAUGUGCCUAAAAUACAGAUCUAACUAUUCACAACAAUCCUGCUUGGUAAAGAUAUGUGGUGUAAACAUGAGAUUCAAAUAUAUUCAACAUGACAAAAUAAAUUGCACAUCAUCAGACAGAACCAUGCAUAUGACCUAUCAAAAGUACAGGUACUCCAUUCCCUUAUCAUAAUUACAGGUACUCCAUUCCCUUAUCAUAAUUGCAGGUACUCCAUUCCCUUAUCAUAAUUACAGGUACUCCAUUUAAUACCAUAAUUACAGGUACUCCAUUCCCUUAUCAUAAUUGCAGGUACUCCAUUCCCUUAUCAUAAUUACAGGUACUCCAUUCCCUUAUCAUAAUUACAGGUACUCCAUCACCUUAUCAUAAGUACAGGUACACCAUUCUCUAACAAAUAUCCACCUUCAUUUACUAUACUGGGAAAUACUGUUAAUCUGGACAUAAAAUUUUGCAAAAAUAUCAUCUAUUAUAUAAAAGUAAUAUCACACAUGAAUGACGUGCAUAUUUGACAUAGAAAAAUAAAUAAACAUCAGCAUGUUUUCUGAUUAACAACAUUCGGCAGUACAAUAAAUGAUCUACAAAACUGUCACAGGCAUUGCAAGCAAUACAUAUCUCCUCACACACCAAGGAAACCUGCCGAAAAAUAUCCUGCUAUGAGGCCAACUUGUUUGAGGUAUUCCAGAACUUUUCUUGAUCAAUAUAUGAAGUUUGAUUAAAAUCUGUUUAAAAUGAAGUUGUUUGAGGUAUUCAUUUGAAGUAUUCUUAACCAAUAAUGCUGUAUAUAAAGUUUGAUAAAGAUGCAUUAAAUAAUGAAGUUGCCAGAGCACUGACAAAGAUCUUUUUAUAAUGUCAACCUUGUCUUUGACUUUGGCACCCUGAAAUACACUCAUUUGAGGUAUUCUUGACCAGUAUGUGUAUAAAGUCUGAUAAAUAUUGGUUUAAAAAUUUAGUAGCUAGAGUGCUGAGAAAAGGUAAACAUAUGUACAUACAGACAAAUAAACCCUAUACCAGCCGAGAGGGGAUACAAAUUGUAAUAGUUCAUCAGUCGUGAGGGGGUCAAAUUUUUUUUAAAUAGCUCAAUUAUCUUUUCUUACCCAAUCACAACAUCAUGUUAUCUCUGUAGUACAGAUCAAGCAAGCACACAAUGUCCUACCUGUCAUCAUCAUUAUGGUGAAACAUACUAAAACUGGCAUAGUAUUUACUAGUAGUCUUAAUAAGUUGAUAAAAUAAUAUCAAUUAAUAUAUACUAAAAUGUUGAAGUCGCAUACUUCUUAAACAAAGUACAUCAAACUAGGACAAUAUAACAAGUAGAAAUGUCAAAUCAAGGAAUCAAUUAUUAUAUAAGUUACAUCACAAAUACUUGGUGCAUGUCAUGUUUCUAAAUCGGAACAAGUUUCAAAGAGAUCAGCUGAAAACCAAGACAAGAUUAAAAUGCCCCAAAACAAAGGGCAUUAACUCUUCCAAAAUCCUCCGAUCAACAUUUCAUGAUUAUAAAACUUAGCAAGUCUCAAAGAGAUGUGCUGAAAACAGAAAGCAGAUCCAGACAAAUAUCAAACACUAAA